AUGUGCUUUCUGGCUCCAGCCACUCAGACACCCUCAUCACUUGCAUCUACAGUUGAUAAUUCGUCUUCUCUGACCAUGUCAGAGAAUUUCCAAAAUCCACCUUUACUUGGAGCUUCAAAGUCUCUGCAGCUCUCUCUGCCUGCAGUGAGCAAUGCAGCCUCCCUAGCAGGAAGCAUCUGCAAUUUCUCCAGAGUCUCUGCUCCAGCCGUCAGUUCAGCAUGGCUACUACCACCAGCUUCUGGCACCUCUUUCCAACCACUAAUGGGCAGUGCCUACCUUUACCAACAUUCUAGCACAACUAUGUUGUCUGGAGUGACUGGCCAGAGCCAGAUUUCCACUUCGGCUGCUUCCAAUCCUGGUCUUUUGGAGUGGGCUCUCACAGGAGGCACUGAAAAGAAGUCGUCGUCACUCAGAGACUUCGCUGUGACUGUCAUUGACCAGGACACAGCUGUUUCUUCCAUGUCUAUGGCAUCCCAGUACAGUAAAACCACAGAUGCUGGUAACAUGGUCCCUCUGUAUCCAUCCCUUUCUGCCAGCCUUGUUCAGGGGGCACCAUCUCAGAUUCCAAAUCAGGGACAUAGCCUGUCACUUCCCUACCAGGAAGGAAGUCAGGUGUAUUACUAUAAUCAAGGCACACUGAGGCCUCUGCUCUCUGGAGAGCGGGGUCCCUACCUGCAAUCCUAUGGCUCUAUGUCUUACACAGAGAGCAGGGCCUCUGCCCCUCAACCAGAAAUGGUCAUGGUGCUAAAGGAGGUCCAGCCCACAAAUGUGAUGCCACCAGCCUCGACCUCUGCAAUUUACUACUCUGUGCCUGCUCAGCCCAUCACAGACACCAGUUUUCAAGUGAUGGAGACCUCCCUGGGGAUGGAGACUUCCCUGGGAUUGCAACCUUCAAGCCAAACAUUCUGUCUCCCACAGACUCCAGAAUUCCCCAAGUCCUGCAGCAGCAGCAAUAUUCAGAUCCUUGAGAGUAUCCCACCACCUGAGUUUGGGGACAUUGCAACGGCAGCUCCAGUCCAGAGUCCUAGUAUUUUCCUGGCACUGCCUCCAGCUCCAAGUCAGGAAAUGAAAGAAAAUAAGAAUUUGGAUGAUAUUAAAACUGUGCUUUCAGNGGAUGAUAUUAAAACUAUGCUUUCAAAGCCUCUGGAUGCCUACCAGAUCCCAACAGAAAACCAAGAUCCUCCACUACUCCCUUUAGAAAUCCCUGAUAUUCACCAGCUCCUGGCCUGCAUUGAUCCCCUUGGCCAAGAGGAGCAGCCUGGUUGUGAAAAUGCUGGUCUGGGAAAGAAGAGCCUGAGUCUUAAGGGCCAAGGCACACUUGAGAAUGGGACUGAAUCUAAUGAUGGUUUUGCAGACAUCGCUACACUGGUGGAGGAUAUUCAACUCCCACAGGUCUUAAAUUCCUUGGAUGACCUCGAUCAAUCCAAAGGUCCCAAGGUGAUCAAAACCAAAGACACCAGACCCAUCCAGUUGAACGAGGUGCAGAAAAAGUCAAGUGGCAUAAAGGCUCCCUCUGAUCAAACUGGGAAGAACAAACAUAAAGCCUCUGAGCCAAUCAGUGGUGCUCCUAAGGCCAAAAUCAAGCCUGAGAGCCCAGACUGCAUGUUCCUGGGAGAAGUGGCUGUUUGCAAUGCUGCAGCCAGUGACAGGGCUCCUGAGAACACGGCCAAGCUUUCUAACAGCAAACCUCAGAAAGCUGCCUCCAGCAAGAUCAGCAAAACUAAGAGCCAUGGGCAGGAAAAGACCAGAAGAACCAAAGAAAACAACUCCAAGAAAGCUGGAGAGAGUAAGCAGUCAGGGAACAAAGCCAAAGCAGAGGAGAAGCCAACCAUUCCCAAGAUGAAGAGGAAGAAAAAUCAACCUGAGCUGACCCAAGAGACCUUCAAAAAGCCUCGGAGCUCCCUAGGUAUGCACAUGCUGGAGUCUGUGCAGGUUUUUCAUGCACUGGGGAAGAAGAAUGAUAAGAAAACUGAACUCUCUUCCUCUCGGACCUUGGGGAACUCAAGCAACCCCAAAGGCUCCCAACCAUCCUUAGCUAUGAAACGAUGGCUGGAUACCCCUCAUGAGGGCAAAGGUCCUGAGAAAACUCAAGUCAAACGCCAGAAAGUGGAGAGCAGUGCUGAAAAAGAGUGUUCAUCUCCAUCUGAGUAUGAGCUGCCACCUCCUGGGAAGGUCAAGUUGGUACCUUUGGUUUUCCCAACCUUGGACAAGCCUCAAGCUCGACCUGUUCCUCGCAGGGCACAGCCUCUGGCACGUCGGCCUGCUGUGGCUAACUCUGCCCAGCCUGGUUCUACUAAUUCUGCUCAACCUACUGCAGCCAAUUCAUCCCAGCCAACUCCUGCAUCUUUGACAGGUCCUGCCAGACCAGCUCAGCAAAUUUCAACCAACCCAGCCAGACCAGGUUGGACCAACCCUAACUGGCCUAGUGUCCCUCAGUCUGCUGCUUCUCGGCCUGCGCCCUACAAAACGUCAACUUGCGCUUCUUUCCAGCGGGAGCCUGUUCGCCCUGGUGUGACUAAGCCCUGGACCCCACCCAAGCCUCCAAACCAAUAUCUACUCCAGGAUUUUGCCCGCCAACCCCUUCCAUGGAGGAAACCCGAUGUUCUUGGGCCAGUCAUGUCAAUGCCCAUUACAAAUGAGCAGAGGCCAGAGCGAGAGGCCAUGAAGAGGAAGGCUCAACUAGAACGGGAGAAUGCUGCCAAAUACACCUCUUUGGGGAAAGUGCAGUAUUUCAUCGAGAGGGAAAAAGAAAUGGAGAUUUCUCUAUACUACGGCUAUGCAAAAUAA